GUUUCCGUGUUGAGAUUCAAUUGGCACAUGCGCAUUUUGCGCUGAGUUGCCGUCUUAGAGCUACAGCUAUAAACAAACAGUUGGGAGAAUGUAUUUGAUUAUCGUUUACUGACAAAGUAUGGAUUUCAGCAAACAGAGGCAUGCAACUACAGAGAACAAACAUAGGUACAAGAUGUUCCGGAGUCCACAAUGACAGCAGGUCCAGAAUACCGCUCCGUGUUUGAGUACUGUCUUCAAGACUCUGCUCUACAGGAGGUGCGAGAAGUUACCGGUGUUCAUGAGCCUCCUGUACACACCAAGAAUCCAUCACACAGUCAUGGAGUGGCUGUGUGCCCCAAGGAGGAUCUCCAGGAUGAUGAACAGCCAGAGAGAGAGAGCAGCCUGGGUAGAGAUGUGUCUGACAGGAUGGUGUGCUCGGCCUGCCAGUGCCCCUUUGACUCCCGGGAGGAGCAGAUGGAGCACUACAAGCUUGACUGGCACCGUUUCAACCUGAGACACAGACCAUCUGGUCAAACACCUGCCACUGUGGAGGAGUUUGAGAGGAAGACCGGUGUAGGAGACAUGUCUAGCAUCUCAGGUUCUGACUCGGAGGACGAGGAACCAGACAGUGACUGGGUCGUGGAGAACGCCGAGGCGGUUCCUCUACAGAAGGACGUCGACGGCGGUCUAGAAGAGGAGUCGUUCGGUCGCCUCUCCAACCGGGUCGUCUUCCAGAACUCUCAGGGACAGUACCUGGCUGUCUACCGCUGUGUUCUGCAGAGCAAGUCUGCCAUAGAGGAAGACCUGGUGGCCUCUCUACAAAGUCUCAGUGACAAGACUAUGUGGGUCAUUCUGAUGGCAGGUGGUGGACACUUCGCUGGAGCUGUAUUUCAAGGGAGAGACGUGUUGCAGCACAAGACGUUCCACCGGUACACUGUGAGAGCCAAGCGGGGGACUUCCCAGGGCCUGAGAGAUGCUAAGAACAGCAGCCAUGCCCCGAAAUCAGCCGGAGCUGCCCUGAGGCGGUACAACGAGGCUGCACUAGUCAAGGAGAUCCAGGACCUGCUGGAGAGCUGGUCUGACCACCUGACUGAAGCCAGUGCCAUCUUCCUGCGUGCACCCAGUCAUAAUAAAACCAUGUUCUUGGGGGGUAAAGCAGCUCCGCUGGUGAAGAAGGACCCCCGGAUCAGAACAUUGCCCUUCCCCACACGCAGAGCCACCUUCAGAGAGAUUAAGAGAGUCCACGAUGUCCUCUCCACUCUAAAUGUAUAUGGUAAAGACACUGACAUCUCUGACAUCCUGAGUCCCUCAAACAAAGUAUGGAAGAAGGCACGUACACCUGUGGCUCAGCCAGAACCUUACCAGGAGACAACAGCACCCCUAGUGGAGGAGGAGGAGAGUUCAGGAGAGGAGCUGGAGCUGGAGACGGUGGAGGUGACUCUGGGAACCCUGGACCUCCGGGAGUAUGAGAUCUACCCUGCCAGGAGGAAGAAGAGGAAGGAGAGACGCAGAACAGAGGACAGAGGUCUAAGUAACAGGGAAGCUGUGGGGUCCCCUGCUGCUGCUGAAGACACUAACCAGGAGAGAGGAGGAGAGAAGAACCAGGAGAGAGGAGGAGAGAAGAACCAGGGGAGAGGAGGAGAGAAGAACCAGGGGAGAGGAGGAGAGAAGAACCAGGAGAGAGGAGGAGAGAAGAACCAGGGGAGAGGAGGAGAGAAGAACCAGGGGAGAGGAGGAGAGAAGAACCAGGAGAGAGGAGGAGAGAAGAACCAGGAGAGAGGAGGAGAGAAGAACCAGGAGAGAGGAGGAGAGAAGAACCAGGGGAGAGGAGGAGAGAAGAACCAGGAGAGAGGAGGAGAGAAGAACCAGGGGAGAGGAGGAGAGAAGAACCAGGAGAGAGGAGGAGAGAAGAACCAGGGGAGAGGAGGAGAGAAGAACCAGGGGAGAGGAGGAGAGAAGAACCAGGAGAGAGGAGGAGAGAAGAACCAGGGGAGAGGAGGAGAGAAGAACCAGGAGAGAGGAGGAGAGAAGAACCAGGAGAGGAGGAAACCCAAGGGGAAGAAGACGAUACAACAUGAAGAGGAGGAGCCUGAUGAGUCCUGGGACUAUGGCCUGAGGGAUGCUCUCUACACCGCCUGUAAGACUGGAGACCUGGACACCCUCAUCAGACUGUUACCAGUGAGGAGGGGAGAGCAGGGUGGAGAGGAGGGGGACCAGGAUGGACAGAGGGAGGAGCAGGGUGCAAAGCCAGAGGGAGAGAAGAAUCAGGGAGAGGUGGAGGAGAGCUGCUCUUCCCAGGCCCCUGUAGCCCUGGCCCCUGCAGCCCUGAACCCUGCAGCCCUGAACCCUGCAGCCCUGAACCCUGCAGCCCAGGCCCCUGCAGCCCAGGCCCCUGCAGCCCAGGUCCCUGCAGCCCAGGCCCCUGCAGCCCUGGCCCCUGCAGCCCAGGCCCCUGCAGCCCAGGUCCCUGCAGCCCAGGCCCCUGCAGCCCUGGCCCCUGCAGCCCAGGCCCCUGCAGCCCUGAACCCUGCAGCCCUGAACCCUGCAGCCCAGGCCCCUGCAGCCCUGAACCCUGCAGCCCUGAACCCUGCAGCCCAGGCCCCUGCAGCCCAGGCCCCUGCAGCCCUGGCCCCUGCAGCCCUGGCCCCUGCAGCCCAGGCCCCUGCAGCCCUGAACCCUGCAGCCCUGGCCCCUGCAGCCCAGGCCCCUGCAGCCCUGAACCCUGCAGCCCUGAACCCUGCAGCCCAGGCCCCUGCAGCCCAGGCCCCUGCAGCCCUGGCCCCUGCAGCCCAGGCCCCUGCAGCCCUGAACCCUGCAGCCCUGAACCCUGCAGCCCAGGCCCCUGCAGCCCAGGCCCCUGCAGCCCAGGCCCCUGCAGCCCAGGUCCCUGCAGCCCUGAGUCCACUAGCCCUACUCAACCAGCCCAUAGACUCCUCAGGCUUCACUCUGCUCCAUGUGGCCUCAGCAGCAGGACAGAAAGGAGUGGCCAAGCUGUUGAUGGAUGCAGGCAGCGACCCGGCAUGCAAAGAUCAGACAGGCCAGACGCCUUACAUCGUUGCUCCUGACAAGGACACGAGGAACAUGUUCAGGAAGUACAUGGCUGAUCACCCUGACAAAUACAACUACAGCAAGGCUCUGGUUCCUGGGCCGCUGACGGCCGAGUUGGAGUCCAAGAAGACGGAGAAGAAAAAGGCCCAGAAAGCAGCAAAGAAAACGAGGGAGAAAGAACAGAGAGAACAGAGGAAGAAACUAGAGAUGGAGGCCGAGGAGAAGAAAAGAUUUGCCUCCUUAAGCGAUCGAGAGAAGAGAGCGCAGGCUGCAGAGAAGAGGUUGGCAGAGCACAAGGCAUCGACAGGGGGAGACCUUUCAAACACCAGGCGGUGUUGGCAGUGUGGGGAGUCCCUGGUGGGAAAGGUUCCGUUUCAAUACCUAGACUUCAGCUUCUGCACCCCUCUCUGUGUCCAGGAGCACCGCAAGGCUAAUGUGGCUAACAGGAGCACCGCAGCAAACUAAACACCCGACAAUAACGUUGGUACCUACAGGGCCUGACCAUAACAGCCUCGGCCUGACCUUAAACUCUGCUGUGUCCCGGAGCACCGCUAAUGGCUAAUGUGGCUAACAGGAAACUGACUGUCAUGUUACUGCCUCCACAACCCUGCCAUACUGUUGCCACUUCACUAUAGAAGCCUCAGGUCUACUAGCCUACUAAUUUACUAGUUGGUGGGCCCAGAGCACGCAGGCCCAGAGACCUCACUGAACCAAGCCAUGGGCCCAGAGCACGCAGGCCCAGAGACCUCACUGAACCAAGGCACGGGCCCAGAGCACGCAGGCCCAGAGACCUCACUGAACCAAGCCACGGGCCCAGAGCACGCAGGCCCAGAGACCUCACUGAACCAAGGCACGGGCCCAGAGCACGCAGGCCCAGAGACCUCACUGAACCAAGCCACGGGCCAGAGCACGCAGGCCCAGAGACCUCACUGAACCAAGCCACGGGCCCAGAGCACGCAGGCCCAGAGACCUCACUGAACCAAGCCAUAGACCUCAGUCAAUCUGCAGGGCCCAGUGAUCUUGAUCUUGCCCAUCUGAUAGGAUUAAAAUGCACAGAAAUAGAAUGAAUAGAACAGACAAACGAUUGCCUUGAAGGGGGACUCCCGUUCUAUUCAUGUUAUUUCUAUGCAUUUAAUCCUAAUAAAAUAGGCAAAAAGUCCAGAUGGAUAACUUUAGAUUAAAACCGGACCUGGUGACUCAAGACAAUCAGGCUUGUUACGACUCGAUUCGGGUUUAACUCAGAAGAUCUGCGUUGUUGCGCCGUUGGAAAUCUGAAGGUCAUUUUCCCCGAUUUGAGCAGCGUUGACCGUGAAAGCUGAUUGGCUUUAAAUGGAGCCGAUGGUUUCAGGAAAGCAGGAAGUUGAUGGCUCCUCCCAGGUCUGAACCCGGUUACCUGGUGUCAAAUUACAUCUGUUGGUGUCGAAUAAUAAUAAACAAUAUCAACUGUACGUGUGAUGAUGAAAUACUGUUUAUUAAUGUACACAGUUUUUUUUUUUAUGAAAUAGAUUUAUUAAAAGGUAUAUAGUAAAGUGUCAAAACAUAGCCAGUAUCUGACAAAGAAGCACAGCAACUCAUGUUAUUAAAUCAUACCAUAAUUACCAUAA